GAGAGCUCAUGUCCGAGCCGGGACACCCAGCCCAGCUGCCUCUGCCUCCUGGUCGAAGCACAGCAGAGAUGUCGCUGGAAGAGGAGCCCAGCAGCCUGGCCAAAGUCGCCCAGCUCUUCGUCCUGUCCCUGGCCUGGGGCAUGCAGAUAUGGGUCACCUUCAUCUCAGGGUUUGUGCUGAUCCGGGGCGUGAGCCGACACACCUUCGGCCUGGUCCAGAGCAAGCUCUUCCCCUUCUACUUCUACACCCUGGUGGCCUGCGCCUUCCUCAACCUCUCCCUCUUCGCCUGCUACCACCCCCGCGAGCUGCUGAGCACCACCGAGACCCUGCAGGUACCAGCGAUGGGCCGGGCGUAGCCCCCACCCCUCGCA